AUGCUAAAUUUCUCCUCAGAACUACAACUCCCAUCAUGCCCCUCGCCUGGCAGCACUUCCGCAGUUAGGAUUCUCUGCUCCGUGGAAGGUCCACGCGCUCCAGGAUGGACGGCGGAGCAGUGAAAGCUGUCCUGUUUGAUUUGGACAACACUCUGAUAGAAACGAGUAAAGCUGGAGGAGCUGCGCUUCAGCAGGCCGGUGAGCUGCUGAAGACCCAACUGGGCCUGGACGACGACUCCGUCCACAACAUCUGUGAGAGGUUCAAGCAGAAGCUUCUCGUGGAGCAGCACGAGCGCUCCUCCGGUCGGUCUAUAGACGACCUCCGUGCGCGUCACUGGGAGGAGAGCAUUGUGGAGACGCUGGGGAGCUGCUCUCCGUCUCUGGCCGCUCAGUGCUACGUGAUGUGGAAAAACAGCCGUCUGGAGGUUCUGUGUCUGUCCCCUGAAGUCCGCCAGCUCCUGAAGCAGCUCCGGUGCCGAUACAAGCUGCUGCUGCUGACCAACGGAGAGGCGAAGACUCAGAGGGAGAAGGUGGAGGCGGUCCAGUGCGAGGACUUCUUCGACGCCGUCGUGGUCGGGGGAGAACAUCUGGAGCAGAAGCCGUCCUCGUCCAUCUUCAGGAAGUGUUUCGACAUGCUGCACGUAGAACCGCAGGACUGCGUGAUGGUAGGAGACUCCCUGGACACGGACAUUCAGGGGGGGGUCAACGCCGGAGUCCGGGCCACAGUCUGGAUCAGCAGUGCCAAGAGUUCUGAGUUAGAUGGUCCGGUGAAACCAGACUACACCAUCCCCACUGUGCUCGAACUACCGGACAUCCUGGCGCAGCUGCUGUAAGGACGCGUGCUUUAAACAGAACUUGGAGGUUAUCGUCUCGGUCUGAACAUUUUUAAUCUUUUUUAACUUUGAAACUGCCGUAACAAACUACGUGCACUUAAACAUGAGCACAAUGAGGUCCAGGUUUAGAUUCUUUUGAUUCAUAAUUUAUUAAAAUAUCCAGGUGCUCCAGUUUCCU